UUAUUGCAAGCGCUGCGAGCUGUACUACAUACUGCCGUACGGAAGGCCGUCUGGCUUGCAAUCGGCUCGUCGUGCUGUUGUUCUUUACCGUGCUGCCGGGAAUGCGAGUGUCGGACUUGUAAUUCCUCCGCUCCGUCGUAGCAACAGUGCUGUCGUCUUUUUUGUCGCGCUGACAUGCCAUGGCACACGUGCUGUUGUUCCCGAUUUUCGAGAUUAGAACGGCACACAGCAACGAAUAGUCACCAUAUUUUUAUUCCGACACAUGUGUAUCUAUUUUUGCUGCUCCGCCGUAGACGCCCGUCUCCCGUUCGUCGCUGCUGCUGCGGUGACAGGUGUGCGCGGCCCUGAAGGUUUUAGCAUCGGGAAAUACCUUCCAGGACGUCGCCAUCUUCUCUGGGAUGAGCGUCGCGACCGCCGAGAAAUCAUUCCACCACUUCUGCGAGAAGUUUUCGGCGGCGCUCUGGGACACGUGGGUUAAACUCCCGGUUGGAGACGAGCUGAAGGAGGUGGAGCGGGUCUUUCGGAAGAGCGGCUAUCCGGGGGCGAUAAGUUCGACGGACUGUACUCACUUCAGGUGGCCAGGCGGACCCUCUUCGGAGGCUCGCAUGAACACCGGCAAGGAGGGCUACCCGACUGUGGUCGUGGAGGCGACAUGCGACCACACCGGUCGCAUCAUCGCAGCGACCAAGUCAUAUCCAGGAUCGGAGAACGACAAGACCAUCAUCCAACGCGACAAGUCCAUCUGGCGAAUCCGAGACGAGGAGCCGUGGAGCAGUCUCAAGUACAAGUUGUACAACGCGGACGGCUCGGAGACGGAGUACAAGGGUGCCUGGCUAGUCGUGGACGGGGGCUAUCAGAAGAUCCCGCUGCUUAUACCACCCAUCAAGCAUCAUGCCACGGUCGAGGAGCAUGAUUGGAGCAGACGGUUGGAGAGCAUGCGCAAGGACAUCGAGUGCUGCUAUGGAAGAGUGAAGGGACGCUUCCGCCUGUUCAAGGCAGGCAUUCUCUAUAAGACCCGCGACAGCAUCGACAACCCAUGGUUCACGGCGUGCAUCCUCCACAACAUGCUUCACCACUACGACAAACUGGACGUCAUGACGGAGGCGACCGGCUGGCAGGGAUCGGCCAGGCCGUUGGGGGGGGCGAGCCAGAUGUAGGCACGGGGGACGACAACGACAGCGAGACACCAUCCCCAGGGUUGGAAGAGUUUCGCGCGAAGCUCGUCACCCACUUCUCUGUAGCAUGGACCAGGAAGGAGGUUGUGUGGUUUCAGAGGGCAGCGGUAUGAGAGGCGUAGACAGCCUCCAGAUUACGUUUUGUCUGUUUUCUGGUCUCUUAUCCCUGUCGUCAGCAUAGGUAAGUAGGACGACUGCUUCCUGUGCAAGUUUGUCGUCGCCUCGAUUGCCUAACUAUUGCUCGUGUAUUUUUAAGAUCGACAUAUUAUCGGUAGGGAGGAGUAAAUUGGUUUGCCUGACCAGCGAGAACCUGACACACGAACACCCCCCCCCGCAAUAUUAGGGUACCAAGUAGAAUCAUGGGGUGUAUCCUGCCGUUGGUGGUGGUGUUGACUUGUUUUACUUGACUUCUCCUGUUUUGCUUUUGCCUCACAUAGCGUGGAGAGAGGAUCAGAGGACUCCAUGCUGUAUGUUUUUGCCUACCCCUAGUGUCAGCAAGCAUGCCGUUAGUCUGUUGAGUACGCCGAGCGAUCUCGCAGAGUGUUGGACCAGUACGAAUGGAGAAACUGAGUAGAGAGAUCGCAACGGGGAUAAAUGACGGGGAUAAAUGUGAAGAUAACAACAACAACGUCAUACCCCUGACACUUGAAUAAGGCAUGUAUGUAUGUGUCUCUCGACGUUUGUCGAGAUGGUUGUCACCGCGAGCGGUUGUAGCUGAGGGGACAACGGUUCUU